AUGCUUUCGGUUGCCUUCUUCGUGUUUCUAACAGCGGCUCUUCUAGUCCCUUCAAGUGCAGGAAUCUGCGAAGGAGAUGAUUAUGAAACUGAUGACCGGUACAAAGACCUUUGUAAAUCUGUUGGCACUAUUGACGUGGGAAUAUACAUAAUGGUGGAUACAGCCUACGGGAAACUGCUUAAAAAUAAGCAUUCGGACGUCAUAUCGUACAUCAAAGUACUCGUCAACAACGUAGAGGCUUAUUUCUGGAACUUCAAGUGCCCUGAUGUUAAAUUUUCUCUUCUUGGAGUAAAGGAGUUAACGGAAGAGGAAGAACGUUCUUUCAAGAAAUACAAGACAUUCAAAAACGAGUCAACGAAAAAGCUAGACUCCACUUUUACAUUGGCUAUGUUUAACCGCUGGGUAAAUAAGACAAACCAAUGCGAACGCGCUGAUGUUGUCUAUCUACUAACAAGUGAUCCCAUUGGUGAUUUUAUGGGGGCAUACAGACUAGAAAUGAAAGCUGCAUCUUAUUUCCUCGGAGCAUGUAGAGGGCGGCCAACUGCAUUGUCAAGAGACGAUGGGCGAUCGUUUACUGGAGUUUCUGGUAUGGUACAGCAAGUGGCACGACUGCUUGGAAUAAAUUGGGACGAUCUGAGGUCUCCAGCCAACCCAUGCUCAGCUGACACCGGUUACGUCAUGAGUAAAGUCGGCGAGUCUACUAAACUGUCGAAUUUCUCCUGCUGCUCUUAUGAAGGAUGGAGCCUCCACCACCUUUUCCUAUCAAAGAGAGAAUUUUGCUUAAAUCGGACUCACAUGUCAAUAAGAUUUGGAAACGACAAACUUCCCGCGGAUUUCUACAAUGCUUCUGAAUACUGCAAGAUAUUUUCUGGGCGCGAAGAAGCCAACGCAUGCUCUAAUAUUGUCGACAUUCAACAGUUACGGUCGGACCUUGGGAAAAAUGCAGAUGACGCCGAGUGCCAGCGUCAAUGCUGCAUUAACCAAACGCAUUUAACUAUUAACUCGCCCGACGGAAUGAAAUGCGGCGACGAAAAGGUUUGCAUUCAUGGAGUUUGCGUCUCAAAAAAAAUCAGACGCACGCAAUCGAAUGAUAGAGCAAGUGAUGACCAACGGGAACUCUGA